AUGUCGACGGAGGCGUUAGUGACACUACAUCGGCAAAAACAGUCGGGCUCGCAUUCAAAAGCCCAACCCUUCUCACCACAGUUCUCAAACAAUGAAUUAUCAAGUAAAUCGUGCGGAAACAGACAUAACAAACAAAAUAGGAAAGACGACCCACCAUUAACCAAUCUGAAGUCGAACGGCUUUUUUGUUUCUCGAUUAAAACAACCAAAUAUUGCUCCAACACUUCCAGUACUCUCUCCACAUUCACCAAUGAAUGCUAAUAUAUAUCUAAACAGCCAGCAUACCCAACUUUCCGGUCGAUAUCUAAACAACAAAGUGUCACAGCAAAUGGACACCACUGAUGGUAUAAAAAGAGUGGCAUCUAACAGAUCUCUAAAGGACAGUCAAAACGUCUUAACCAUUUCAUCAACAAUAAUAUGCAAUUGUGAGAAAUCAUCCCAUAAAUCCAAUGGCUCAGAUUCGGACACAAACGAGGAAAUUAAAAUCAAAAUUAAGGCAGAUACUGGCAACAAACUGGCUGUCAUUAGUAAAUUAGAUGAUUCUGCAACCAAGGGGUGCUUGCAAUUGAAAACAGCGAGUGGAAAGGAUAAGAGAGCUUUGUCUCCCAGACUGACAUUGCAUAAAAGUGGCUUUCAACAGGCAAUCAUCAUUUCCGACGAAAGCGAAGUCACGAAAUCACCUCGAUUAGUUUCCCAAAAAACGGGGCAGCUCUCCAGUAAUUCAGACAAUCAAUUUUAUCGUCAGCUAACUCAUAAAAUUAGCAAAUCGGAGCAAACUUCCCCCAAUAAUGUGGAGAUGGAGAAAGCUAACUUUCUAUAUGAUUCGAACAAUAGGAGUACGGGCUGUUUGGUUUAUCCUUCGGAUCCAUGGAUAAAGAAUUCUCACACUAAAAAUCGCCUAUCACCCAAAGCUGAAAAGUAUUUGAACAUGCAUCACAACAUAGAUCCUUGGGUCAAGAGACAAACUGAUGGAUGUUCUGUGGAUGUAUCACGGCCUUCCAAGAAAAAUAUCUAUCGCGAAAAAUCCCUCUCUUCCAUAAACAAUAAACUAGUUUCGACUCGAACUGAGAAAGCAAUGUGUAAAAAGCCGCAGCUAAAGCAUUCUAAAACAGAGCUAGACGAUGAUCAAGUAUUUUUAAACGAGCCAGGUCUGCUUUUUGCCCCAUUUUCUCCACAAUAUCGAAAUACAUCGCAUAAAAUUUGGUCCCUCGACCAACCAACAGUUAACGAUUUAAAGGGAAACCUUCAGAGCAAGUCUGCUAGUUUUUUACCCGACAAAGUGAAGGAGACUUCCAGUCCGCUGCCGAACCAUGUUAGAAAAUCUGUGUAUCAAAAUAAUAGUAACUUGCUUUGUCCCAAUGACCAAUCGAGAUCAUUGCUUCAAGUAGAAAAAUUGCAUUCUAGGCAUGGUUCCCUAUCGAUUCCCGCUCAGUCUAAGGAGGAACUUCCUCUGAAUAUCCGUCGACUGUCUGAGCAGAUUCGGGAACCGCCUUUGGAAAAGAACACUGCUAUGUCUCUCAGCGAUCGUAACGUUAGUAAAAUUCUGCCUUCUUCCGAGGGAGUCGCGUGUGGUGAAAUUCGUUUCAAGACGAACAAACUUCAAGUGAGUCGAGAUGCCGCUGUGCAGAGUGCUGGUGGAAGCCACCCGGAAGACUUCAAACCUUUGAAACGUGCCCCCAAAGAUUCCACCACAACUGUUAAUAAUAUAAAUCCCCCCUUAACGAGUACUUAUAAGCCUGACCCACUUUUAGAAACCACCUGUUAAAUCCAUUCGCUAGGAAUUCGCCGAAAGCCGAUAUUAAAGUGUCUCUGCAUAGCUCAUUCAUAAUAGGUCAUGAAAAUAUACAAAAUAUAAAACCACAAAUACAUACAUAUAUGUCUUAUAUAUCAAUCGAAUCUAUAAAUAUGAAUAAUAUUAAUACAAAAAAAGUAAUAAAAACUAUUUUUAGUAGUACUUUAAGUUUGAAAUUUUUACAGUGAUUUUGCAUUUAUAUUAAGUAACACGAUAUAAUGCCCUGCCAGCAAUGGGGCUAAGUUCUAGGCUUAACUACAUUCGCAAGCAUAUAUAUGUGUGUAAUAGUGUAUUUUUUCCUCAUUUUAUUGUCAUUUUACAUAUUUGUUGUAAUACAUUUUAUAGUAAUAAAAUCUUUAUAAAGAGCUAA